AAAGGUGUAAUACUAGUAGGAUAUGGGAAGAGAGAGGGUGGAUUUUGAGCUUUAGUCAGAAAAAAACCAACCGGGUUUUCUUUCUCUUUUUCUCUUUCUCUCUCAUAAACCGCCUACAUACAUGCACUUCUUAAAUUAGCAAAGUCUUAAAGAGCAGAAACUUGGACAUGCUAAGUGGUGGACUGUUCUAUAAAAAGGGAGUUGCGGUAAUAUAUUUGAAGGCAUCUGGUUUGAUCAAGAGAGAUAGCACACGCACGCACACGUCACGAGAUGAGUAAGAUCAGCAACUUGAGUUCUGUAAGCAGUUCUGAUCUCAUAGAUGCCAAGCUUGAAGAGCAUCAAUUGUGCGGAUCCAAGCAGUGUCCCGGUUGCGGACACAAGUUUGAAGGGAAGCCGGACUGGCUAGGCUUGCCAGCAGGAGUGAAGUUUGAUCCCACAGACCAAGAACUGAUAGAACAUCUUGAAGCCAAAGUGGAGGCAAAGAACAUGAAAUCACACCCUUUGAUAGAUGAGUUCAUUCCAACCAUUGAAGGAGAAGACGGAAUCUGUUAUACCCAUCCAGAGAAACUUCCAGGAGUAACAAGAGAUGGAUUGAGCAGGCACUUCUUCCAUAGACCCUCAAAGGCUUACACAACUGGGACAAGAAAGAGGAGAAAGAUUCAAAACGAAUGUGACUUGCAAGGUGGAGAAACCCGGUGGCACAAGACUGGUAAGACCAGGCCAGUGAUGGUGAAUGGAAAACAAAAGGGUUGCAAGAAAAUUCUUGUCCUCUACACCAACUUUGGAAAGAACAGAAAGCCAGAGAAAACCAACUGGGUGAUGCACCAAUACCAUUUGGGGCAGCAUGAAGAAGAGAAAGAGGGAGAGCUUGUGGUGUCCAAGAUAUUCUAUCAGACACAGCCAAGACAGUGCAACUGGUCAGACAGAAGUGCAACAACUGGUGAAGGAAGUGGAGAACCUAACAACAGUAGCAGAAGGGACAGUGGAAGUGGAAGUUGUUCUUCCAAAGAAAUUGCUACUCACAGAGAUGAAAUGUCUGCUGUUGUUGGUGUCCCUCCAAUCACAACUUUCACUCAUCACCCUUUGGACAUUCACCAUCUAAAACCUGAUCACUUUAGCUUCAUCCCUUUCAGGAAAAGCUUUGAUGAGGUUGGAAUGGGAGAGGCUUCAACAGCAAGGGAAGUGGUGCAAGCAUCAGGUUCAUGUGAAGAAGUGCAUGAACGACAGAGAGCACAGCAUGUAGUUCAUCAUCAUCACCAACAACAACAUCAGCAACAUGCUCAUCAUCAGAUUUCAAACUCAGCUUUUCAUAUCAGUAGGCCAUCACAUCCCAUCUCCACCAUUAUUUCUCCACCUCCCCUCCACCAUACUUCCAUCAUUCUCGAUGACAACUCUUACCAUGUCUCUAGAAUAAUGCUCCAAAAUGAAAAUUUUCAGCAACAACAGCAACAACAUCAUCAUAAGCUUGGAGGAAGGUCUGCGUCUGGUUUGGAGGAACUCAUCAUGGGUUGCACUUCAACUGAAAUCAAAGAGGAGUCAUCCAUGACAAACCCACAAGAAGCUGAAUGGUUGAAGUACUCUUCUUAUUGGCCAGACCCUGACAACCCGGAUCAUCAUGGGUAGAAGAGGGUGAACCCAACAAAGAAAAAAGUGAAGAGAGAGAGUAAGAGAGAGAGAGAAAUGUAGAGAAAAAACAAAAACCAUAUAGACAGCAUUAUAGUCAUCAUCAUCAUGAAAGCUUGAAGCGUCUCUCAAGUUUCCUUUCAACAAAAAAAAGGCCAAAGAAAUAAUAUCCAUAGUUUGCUCUCUUUUUUGUUUCUUUUUCCUAUGGAGGCCUAUUUAUGAAACUUUGGUGACUCUCACAAAGGAACCAUAACAGUAUUACAGUGUGUGUGCAAUGGACAAGCUGGAAAGAAAGAACAAAGGGUGGAAGAUUGUAAAUCAAAGAGAAAGAAAAGAAAAGAAAAACCCAAGAAAAGGCUGCUGUCACUUCUGACACAUGGAGAGGGAGAAACCAAAGUAAAUGUAUCCUACUGCAUCAAAAUCAUCACUAUUUUCAUUACUAUACCAUUCCCUCCUAUAAUUCUUAUUAUUUUAUUGUUUUCAAAUGCUUGUACAAUUUCACCUUUCUUGUUUUUUAUACCACAAAUAUACCAAUGAGUUUGUGCAAACUGCAAACCACCUUGUUCCUCGUGCUGUAGCUAGUCAUUACUUCCUUCUUAUCCUUAAAU